UCGGCGUAGCGUUUGUUGAGCGGCGCCGGCGACCUGGGUACACAAGUGGCCUGAGAGAGCGGCGGGUGGGCGCCAGGGCCAUGAACCUGGGAGAUGGUUUGAAGCUUGAAACUGAAUUGUUGGAUGGAAAAACCAAACUAAUACUGUCUCCAUACGAGCAUAAAUCAAAAGUUUCUGUGAAGAUGGGAAAUAAGAUCAAGAUUGCAAAAUGUCCUUUAAGAAUAAAACAGACUGGACACAUUCUAAAAUCAACACAGAAUUCUUACAUUGGGAGUGAAAACAUUUCUCAAAAGAAGAUAAUUAGUUCAGAAACUUCACAGGCAAAACCUGAGAAAAUUAGAUUGCCAUUUUCACCCUCUAAGGAUUUAUAUCAGCAGUAUGCAGAAAAAGACUGCCAUCAUUUCCCACAAGAGUCUUCACCUGCAACCUCUGACAUACAGAAGACUGUGAACAUGGCAGAUAAAUGCCUAGUGGCUAAACAAAAGCCUUGCAAAACACACCCCACCAAAACCAUGGACAGCAGCAUGGUGUGUCUAACCCAAGAGCAACUACGGCAGAUUUUGAUGAGUGUCAACCAAGGGAAUGGAUCUGUGUCCCUAACUGGAAAUGGAAAGGAGGAGGAAGCAAGUCAAGAUAGUUUACAUUUAAUCAGUAUUCCUAGCCAGCCAAAGGAUGUGAAUAUUACAGGAUUACUGCAGAAAACGGAGGCUAUUUCACCUGUCUCAAAUGAAAAUAAGCAUGUCUUCAGUAGAACUCAAGAGGCAUUUCAACAGUGUGAGCAGAAAAUUGCCAUAGAGAAGGAGUGGAAGCCAGCGGACAUAUUCAGUACUCUGGGGGAACGGGAGCGCGAUAGAAGUUUGUUGGAAGCAAGAAGAGCCCAGUGGAAAAAAGAGCUAGAUGAACAGGUUGCUUUAAAGAAGAAAGAAAAAGAAGCUUCUCAAAAAUGGAAUAAUCCUUGGAAAAAAUCUGAAAUAGUAUGUGAGAAAAUUCAAAUCCUUGACCAAUCUAAGGAAGCAGGACUGCUGGAGCGUCCGGGCAGCACUGUCAGCCAGGAGCAGCAGAGGAAGUGGGUGGAGGACUUGAGUAAACAAGUAGAAGAGGACCAGCAAAGGAAAACCGAGGAGAAAAUGAUACAUUCAAAGGGCGAGGACCAUGACAGAUGGGCAAUGCAUUUUGAUUCGUUAAAGAGCCUUCCUGGGUCUCAGUCUCGGCUGUCCUGUCAGUUACCACACCAACACCCGGAGUCCUUUUGUGUCUCUCCUGACACUCAGGAGCUGGCCGAUGUCAACAGUGUUUACACACCUCCGCCUGCUGUCCAGGUGGAGCUUUCAGAGGAAGAACAGCAAUCCAGACCUGUUCGGGAUAUGGCUGUGUCUUACAGUCAGAAAACAAACUUUCUCCGUUCUAUGACUGCACUCCUGGACCCAGCACAGAUUGAGGAGCGGGAAAGGCGCCGGCACAAACAAUUAGAACAUCAGAAAGCAAUCAUGGCUCAGGUGGAAGAGAACCGCAGGAAGAAGCGGCUGGAAGAAGAACAGAGGAAGAAGGAAGAGCAGGAAGAUGAGCAGCGCUUGGCUCGGGAACGGGAGGAGAUGCAGAGGCAGUAUGAAGAGGACAUUCUUAAGCAGAGACAGAAGGAAGAAAUCAUGACUCUAAAGACAAAUGAGCUAUUCCACACAAUGCAGCGAGCUCAGGAGUUGGCACAGAGACUGAAACAGGAGCAGAGGAUCCGAGAACUGACUCAGAAAGGACAUGAUGCAUCCCGGCUGAUUAAAAAUCUUGGCGCACAAGUGGAUUAUAAGGCUUCCACUAACGUUUCCAGUUCAAGAAGUGAUGCUAAGGAGGCUGCUGAUGAAACUUCCACAGCCUCUCCCAAGAAGGACACCGGAGUGCAGACAGAUGACUUAAAUUUAGGAAAUUUCAGCGAUGCACUACCACACUGUGGAUCAUUAACAGAAAAGGGCAUUAGAAACUUUUCUUCUCCAGAGAUUUCUACAGAAUUUAAUGGACAGAUUAGCACUAAAAAAGACAAGCAAGAACUAAGUAUGGAUAAAGGCACUAAUUUAGACAAAGAAAACAGCUGGUAUAAUGGCCAGUGUAAUCAGUAUAGAAGAACAGAGAAACAAACAAAACUUAUGAAGAAAUGUCCCAAAAAGCCUGCUUGGAAUAUAAAUAAGCCUCUCAAAAGGUAUGUUCCUGCAUCAGCAAAGUACCCUGUCCAUCUUCAGAAGGAGAAAGAAGAAAAAAAGAUAAGAAGGCAGAUAGAGCUGCUUCACUUACUAGAAAGAAACCACCCUGAGAACCUCUCCCAAAACAGAGGCACUUCACCAGAAGUUCUUACUUCAUCUCAUCGAGAAACUGAGUCAGAGAUCAGGUUGCAUCUAAUCAAAAAGGUAGAAGAACCUCUGAAAACUCCUUCAGUUAUUAAAGAAAGGUUUCAGUCAUCACCAGCAGUAAAGAGUAGAACUCAACAAACUCAGACUAAUUCAUCACACUUACCACUAAAAAACAGUGACUAUGAAAAAGAGAAUCUGACCUUAGGAGAUGGUCAAACUAAAUUAUCAGAUGAGCUGUCUGAGACAUCUCAUUUCAUUCCCUACGUUCGAACAAAUGAGAUCUAUUAUCUUGAUCCGGAUGCACCCUUGUCUAGGCCUUCAACCCAGGACAACCAAUACCAAAAAUCUCAUGAUUGUGAGCAACAACAAGAGCUAUUUGACUCUGACCAUACCAAGGAUCCACUUCUUAAUCCUAGAUUGGUGAAAAACAGGGAUCGACAGCAAGCUAUCCUUAAGGGGCUUUCAGAAUUAAGACAGGGUCUUCUCCAGAAACAAAAGGAGUUGGAAACGAAUCUCAUACCCUUAACUGCAAACCAAGAAGAUAAUUUUAGUUCUUCAUUUUAAAUGUGCUCACCACUCAACUGCAUUAUUCAAGCACCCAAUGAAAAACUUCAUUAUGUAGUGAAAUGCUGUAUUUUUUAAAUAUAAUAAAACAGUUUAUAGUUUAAAAAAAUGAUCUCUGUUAUACUAGGGUGUAAAAGUACUUUCUACUUACCAUAAUAGAGUCUGGAGAUCCCUGACCUGUUAACAUUGUUGCUUGUUUGUUCUGUAAGAGGUUCUUUUAGGGCGUGAGAAGUACUAUUAACACACUGAGCUAGACUCUUACUAAAAUAACUCAAAUUCAUUUUAGAAUCCUGUGGUUUUUCUUGUUUUCACUAUAUUAAAGGUAGAGAUGCCCCAGUUUUCACAGCAUUGACGUUAGCAUUAAUAACAGUGAGCAAGAGAUGUUAAGUUACAUACGGGCUUGAAACUUAUCUCCACCAUACAGGUUUUUGUAUAUAGAUUUAGUAUAGCACUAAAGUGCCUAACUAGUUCUAAUUAAUUCCACCUCAAAGAUCUGUUCCAAAUUAUUCACUGCCACUGAAAACAGAAGGCCCAUUAUAAACGUUCAUUUGAUUGGCUAUAGGAUCACACAAUACAGUACUUAUCAAGGAUCUCAAAGACUGACUAAAAUUUAAGUGAAGCUAAAUUUUUACACAGCUAAACCUAAGAAAACGCUACUUGAUAUUAUAGACACAGGUUUACUACCUAAAGUGCAACUGCACUGUUAGGUAUAGCUUGAGGUACUGAGCCAAAAUCUAUAAAUAUUGACACUGCUGGCUUAUACCUGUGUAAAAACACUAUACAAAAGCUUUACUCAAAAUAAAUAAUUGACAUUUCAGCAAAAUUAGUUAUCAUCUGACAUUAAAGAAAGUCAUUACUAUUUACCAUUCUUUUAUAAACAUCAAAUUUUACAUAUAAAACAGACUUCAAUUUGAAGCCCAAGUACAAGUAACAAAUGUAAAACUGAAAGGUGCCAACAUGAGAUAAUUUGAUUACAGUAUGUCCAAAAAAUAUAUUUAUUUCAAUUUUCAGAUGCUUCAAAUGUUACAGGCCAUCAUGAUUUUAAGUGGGAAAGAAAAAAACAUUUCAUAAAGGUUAGGAAAUUUGUUUUCAAAUCAUCAAUUCACACUUUUAAAAAACUGGAAAAAGUCCACAACAACCUAUUUUUUGGGGGGGGGGGUGUUGGUGGGGGUUUUACUGUAAUUUAUCUUUGGACACAUCCUUAACUUAAUGGAGAUUUCUCUAUAUCCAAGUUUUUGUAAGCAGAUAUAAAGUAAUUUUCAUUUUCUUGAGACUGAGUUGAUGAAAGGGCAUAUGGUGUCCCCAGAAACGUCUGAUGAGUGAGAACAUUAAAAUGACUAAACUGAUGGGACAUUUUUAAUUGAUUUUGAUAAGCCUGACCGUUGCUAUAUGAAUCUUGUUCGGCUGAAUUGCUGUUCUCUCCUUCAGAGCAUACUCUAUCAAUAGGAGCUCUCUCUUCACAAUCAAUUUGGUAAGUCUUAUCUUCUAAUAAACUUUUUUGCACGUCAA